UCCAGGUGAGCGCCGGGGCCGCGUGCCCCCGCGCAGUUUCGCCACCGCGACCACAACCUCCCCAACCAGUUCUGUGCCGGCACGACAAACCUCCUCCUGCUUCUGCUGCUGCUGCUUACAUAACGAGCGCCACUCUCAUGCAGCAGGCGCCACCCAGCACGCUCGUCGGCCCCGCGAGGUGGCGGAGGAAGCCGUCCCAGUGACAGGGAACUCCUCUCCCCCACCCCGCCACGGGCGCACGGAGUCGCGAGUCGGAGCUGUGCUCGCCAGGAUCCCCGUCGCCAUGGAUCCCGGUCGCCUUGGGUCCCCCGUGCUCCUCGUGCUCCUCGUGCUCCUGCUGCUGCUCUCGUCUCUCGCCGAGGGGGCCCCCGCCGCGGUCCCCGGCGUCCCGGGCCCCCCGCGGCCGGCCAACAACUCGGGCUGGUCCGUGGAGUCCGGGCACGGCUCCCUGCCGGGCCACACCAAGGUGCCCAAGGGCGACUGGCGCCUCAGCGUCCUCUCCAUCGACUACAGCGCCGUGCAGUACCCGCUCGAGGUCACGCUCUGGAUCAUGCUCGCCUCCAUCGCCAAGAUCGGCUUCCACCUGGCGCGCCCCAUCUCCACCUUCGUGCCCGAGAGCUGCCUCCUCGUCAUCAUGGGCCUGCUGGUGGGGGCCGUCAUCCGCGUGGCCCACCCGCCGCAGCUGCCCUCCCCCGACCUCGUGUUCGGGGUGGACGCCUUCUUCCUCUACCUGCUGCCCCCCCUCAUGCUCGACUCGGGGUACUUUCUCCCCACUCGCCAGUUCAUGGAUAACAUCGGGACCAUCAUCAGUUAUUCGGUGUUUGGCACCCUGUGGAACGCGCUCAGCAUCAGCCUCUUCCUCUUCGGCAUCUGCCAGAUCUCCGUCUUCAACUUGGACGACAUCCCCAUGCUGCAGCUGUGCAUGUUCGGGAGCGUCAUCUCCGCCGUCGAUCCGAUCUCCGUCAUCGCCGUCUUCGAGCAGAUCCAAGUGAACGAUCAGCUGCAGACGCUCGUCUUCGGGGAGUCGCUGUUGAACGACGCCGUCACCGUGGCGCUGUACCAGCUCUUCCUGGAGAUGUGCGACAUGCAGAAGGUGCUGGGCAUCGACGUGGCGGUGGCGAUCCUGAGGGUGGUGCUGUGCGGCUUGGGCGGCAUCAUCGUGGGGCUCUUCUACGGCUUCCUGGCAGCGUUCGCGUCGCGCUUUACGCACCGCGUGAGCGUCCUGGAGCCGCUCUUCGUCUUCCUCUUCGCCUACCUGGCCUACCUCACCGCCGAGAUGUCCAAGCUCUCCGGGAUCAUGGCCAUCGUCUCGAGCGCGGUCCUCAUGCGGCCGUACGUGGAGGCCAACAUCAGCUACAAGUCCCGCACCACGAUCCGCUACGCCGUGAAGACGCUGAGCAGCGUGAGCGAGACGCUCAUCUUCAUGUUCCUGGGCGUCUCCACGGUGUCGGCGCGAGGCCACGAGUGGAACGGCGCCUUCAUCUGCUUCACGCUCAUCGCCUGCCUCAGCUGCCGCAUCGUCGGAGUGCUCGUCAUCACGUACAUCACCAACAAGAUGCGCCUCGUGCCGCUGGGCAUCAAGGAGCAGUUCGUCAUCGCCUACGGAGGCCUGCGCGGCGCCGUCUGCUUCUCCCUCGUCUUCCUGCUUCCCACCGACCCCUUCGUGCGCAAGUCCGUCUUCCUCACCGCCAGCAUCGCCGUCAUCUUCUUCACCGUCUUCGUGCAGGGCACCACUAUUCGCCCGCUGCUGCAGAUGCUGGACGUGGAGCGGCGGUCGGGGCAUGUGGCCACCAUGGCAGAGGAGCUCGCCACCCGGAGUCUGGACCACCUGGUGAUCGGGAUGGAGGACAUCUGCGGCCACUACUCCCACAACAACGUCAGAGAGAGGUUCGAGAAGUUCAACCGGAGGUUCCUGUGGCCCCUGCUGGUGCGCGAGGACGCGCACGAGGACUCGCACAUCCUGGGCAUGUACCGCAAGCUGGAGAUGAAGCAGGCGAUGCAGCGCAUCGACAUGUUCCGAGUGCCGUCCACAGCCUCCGUCCUGUGCCUGGAAGAGAGGUCCACUGUGUCUGGGCAGAGUGAGGAUGAGCGGCCCAAGGACGUAUUUUGUAAAGACGAUCGCAUGAAGGACAUCCGACGCCUCUUGAACAGGAGUCUCUACCGGCCCCGAAAGAGGAUAUCGUCAUACAGCCGCCACAACCUGCCCACGGAGAGCCAGGAGACGGAGGUCUUCCUGCAGAACACGAACCCCGAGCAGCUGGAGCGGAGGCUACGCCGGCACGGGACUCUGCCCGCGCACUCCACGCGGGAGCCGCCCCACGUGAGGCCUCGCUUCGUUCACACCCUCGAGAGGUCAAAGGUCCUCCGGCCACGGGACGGACGAGACGAGGUGGACGGCGGAGGAGAAACGCAAAGCCUGGCGGGCCCGGCCACCUUCAGGGUCGGCUCCUCCAACGCGAGCUCCGACGACGAAGUGGGGAAUUCUGGGAACGAGGCGAGGGGCAGCAAUGGGGCACAUCGACUCGCUGGGCGAUCGAGCUCGCUGCUGCACAGGCCCCACACAUAGCACCCCGCGCAUAGCGCACCACGCAUAGCACCCCGCACAGGGAGCACCACGCAUAGCGCACCACGCAUAGCACCCCGCACAGGGAGCACCACGCAUAGCGCACCGCGCAUAGCGCACCCCGUCAUAGCACCUCGCACAGGGAGCACCCCGCAUAGCGCCCCGCAUAGCGCACCACGCAUAGCACCUCGCACAGGGAGCACCACGCAUAGCGCACCACGCAUAGCACCUCGCACAGGGCGCGCUCAGCUCACAGGAGGUCGCCUGCGUCGAGACAGACGACCCACUUUGUGCACAUGGAAUAGCCAAUUGCUUCUCGAGAAGCCCGGUUGAAAUUGUGUUUUUUUAAUGUUUAGAUCCCAAUAUUUUGUAAGGAAUGAUAACUCGUGUCAUUGUUGUUUUAUCUCAAAAAGCUGUUUAUUUAUAACUACUUUUUGUGUUUAGUUUGUUCUCCUACCCCCCACACCUUCAAUUAGCACGGUUGGCUACGUGCGGUGAGA